AUGGCGCCGCGCUGGCGCCCCAAGAUGGCGGCGCCUCGGGCCGCUCUGGGCGCUGUGGAGGUUCUUUGCCUCGGGGCGCUGCUGCUGGCGUCUCUCAGCCCCGCAGGGCGAGCCGCGGACCCCGGGGCUGUCAGUGCAUCUGCUCAGUCUCCUGACAAUGUUACUGUGUGUCCUGAGCAUCUUCACGAGUGUAAACUCAUGGUAUGGACAGUCUUUCAGCCUUCGUUUAUCCAUAUGUCAGGGCCCAGAGUCAAUUCCUUUUAUCUUGGAAAUUCUUCAGGAAUUAAUUUUUCCCUAAUUAUAAGUCCCAGUGAUGAAGAGACAGGAUACUUGCCACUUGCAGAUUGCAGUGGCAGUAAAAGAGCUGCUGAUUGGAAUUUGGAUGUUUCACCUGGUAUGAACAUCUCCAAAGUGACUGUAAGCUUGACCAGAAACCUGCAGUUGUGUUUGCCCAACAUCACUGACUGCUGCCCCUCACCUCUCUGCGUGAUGGAGACACUCCAGGUUGUGGCUUGCCAUGGUUCAGUGGUGCUGGCACAGCUCCUCAUUCAAGCUGAAAUAUAUGCCAACUCUUCCUUUAGAGGCAAUGUGUCAGAAAAUGCAACCAUCAUCCCCAACCAGGCAUUUUGGCCCUUGGGCCCUUGUCCCUGUGACCUGACAGCUGCAGCUUGUGAUGUUCGUUGUUGCUGUGAUUUGGAGUGUAUACCCAAGGUGAAGCAGUUAUUCAACAGGUCCUGUUUCACUGGGGUGUUUGGUGGGGAUGUAAACCCACCUUUUGAUCAGCUCUGCACUUCCAGCUCACUGGAAUAUACCCCUGAGUGGUUUCCCUUCCUGUGUGUACAAUCUUCUCUUGACAACACUCCAUUUCUUGGCUACUUUUACCAUGGCUCUACUUCUGCACCCAAAGGUCCUUCAUUUAACAUCCCUUUACAAACUUCUCCUGGGAGACUUUUCACUGGUUACAGACAAGGAGACCCAAUUAUAACAGAAGAAAAUGAGUAUUUCACUGUUCCUCAGCAAUCCAUGGCUGGACAGUGUGUUGGAAAUGCCCCUGUGGCCUAUCUGCAGAACUUUGAUGUCAAGUGCCUGACCAAUAGAGCAUCUUACAAGGAAGGCCUGUCCCACAGUGUGAGGGUGAACACUGGCACUGGGGACUUCAUCCAGCAGAAUGUCUUCUACAGAACCAUCACUGACAAGGGCAAAUUCAUCACUGGAGGUGAAAGUUUUCAUCCUGCUGAGGUUCUGUGUCAGAGUGUAACUUUUGCAGAGCAUUAUACAUUCAGCUGGAAAGACAACAACAUUGAGCAAGUCAAUGUCACAGUCUUCCUUGGGAGCUUAUGUGAUGGAGAAAUACUGACACAGAGAUUCACAGUGGAAUUUCUCAGUUUAAGUAGAACCAAUGAAACAGAAUUAUUUGGAGAUCCAGGUUAUCAAGUUGGAGAAGCAGUGAGAGCUGCAAAUCUGAAUGAAUCUGAUCCUUCUGGAAGCCUAAACAUUUGGCAGCCAGCUGGCAGAGGUUUAUGUGCAUCAGCAACUUACACACCAGUUCUGUUUGGAGUGGACUCACACUCUGGGUGUGUUCUAGAAGUUGGGACUGAUGAAGAUUGCAGCCUGUUAAGAGGAAAUGUAACUGAGAGAUUGAAUUCCUUGAUACAAGCUACUCACAUUGGAAAGAGAGACAAUUCCAGCUACUCUGAUCUAAAUGAUUGGGUGGAAAUCAGACGUCUUGGUCCAUUUCAUUCUGAUACCAAUGUGAGCACUGGAAGCAUAAAAGGCAUUUGUCCAGAUAUUCCUGCAAACCUCAAUAUUCAAAUAGUCUUUGCAGAAGUGGGAGCAGUGCAAGGGAUUCCCCAGCAACAGAUUCUUGCUGUGCAGAUCAGUUACUCCACAGUGCUGUGGCAGUUCCAGUGUGGGCUUAGCUGUGGGAACAGCCUCAGCUUUCUCCCCAUCACAGCUUCUGUUCAGUUCAUUCAAGUCCCAGCUCAGCCACCUGUUCCAGUGACGAGGUAUCAGGUGAUCUAUGCAGAGUUUGACUGUGAUCGAAACGAUGUGUGUUGGCCACAGCUGUUGUAUCCCCUGACUCGGUUUUACACAGGAGAACCAUAUUCCCAGUGCCUUGCUAAAGGCCUCUUAUUGGCAUUUCUUGGUUUACUUGCAGCAAUUCUGAGCAACCCUUUGUUUUCUAAAUUGAGCCUCUCGGGCGGUGGAUCCCUGUCUGCCAGCGCAUUCCCGUGUGAAUCUGCUUCCCAUUCCCG